AACAAGCCAAACAAUCCACUUCACUUUCCCAAGCCUCAAAACCACUUCAACACCAACAAACCACAAAAUGCAUUUCCUCAUCCUCGGCGGCUCAGGCCGCACCGGCCGCCUCGUAAUCACCUACGCCCUCUCCCACAACCACAGCGUCACAGCCUUGAUCCGCACCCCCUCCUCCCUCGCCGACCUCGCCUCGCGCUUCCCGAACCUAACCCUCGUCCCCGGCUCCCCCACCUCCAGCGCCGACAUAACGACCGCCAUAAACGCGACCUCUUCCCCGCCCACCGCAGUCAUCAUCACGCUCGCGUCGCUGCGGAAGAGCAAUUCGCCGUUCAGCGCGUCGAUCUCGAGUCCGACGUUCAUGACGGACGCGAAUGUAGCUGUCCUGCAGGCUAUGCGGGAGGCGAGGCCGGGGAUCGGAAGAGUUGUUACGCUUUCUGCGUUUGGGGUCGGGGAUAGUAGGGGGGGUUUGUGGGCGCCGUUUCGGUGGGUGGUGUAUAGUGGGGGGAUGAGGGUUGGGAUGGAGGAUCAUGCCGGGGUGGAGAGGGUGCUUAGGAGAGCUGAGGGCGUGCAGUGGACGCUUGUUAGGGCUGCGAUGUUGGGUGAUGAUGAGGGGUUUGAGGGCGGGGUGAGGGUUCUUGGGGAGAAGGGCGAGGGGGCUGGGUUGAUGGAGAAGGUUGGACGGGGGAGGGUUGCUGCAUUUAUUGUUGAAAAGUGUUUGGAGGGUGGGGAGUGGGUUGGUAGGACUCCCGUUAUUGCUGAUUGA